UAACGGAGUCCGCUCUUCCAGACAUCACUGAGACUGCUGCAGAGAUGCUGGGAUGAUGUACUCCAUCAUACAUCACAAAUAAACCAGACUAUCUGCCAGAAACCGACGCUUUGACGACUGUUUUUUACUUUUAAACUAUGAUAUCCACGAAAACGCACAAGUGACCUUGGCAAACCCAGGACCCUUUGGAAGUUUUCAUCAACAUCAAUACGCAUUAUACACGCCACAGAAAACUCGACAUGAAUGUUUCACACGGACUGCUGAACCGGACGAUCUCUACAGCCAAGCAGCCUUUGGAAAGCGUCCGAGGAUGCUGCAACUUCUCGGUGAUCACCAGCGACGGGUUCGGCUCACCGAUUCAGGACGAGCGCGAUCAGUUCAUCAUGCGUUUGGUGCAGAUUGCGGUUCUCUGUGUGCUGUCACUGACUGUCAUUUUCGGCAUCUUUUUCCUCGGAUGCAAUCUUCUCAUCAAGUCCGAGAGUAUGAUAAAUCUGCUAGUGGAGGACAGAAGACCCUCCAAAGAUGCGGAAAUUAUUAUGAUUGCUGCAUGAGUGGAAUAGACUGUGUAGCAUAAAUCUGAUGCACAAACUGGCUAUGUAUGAUGAACGACACCUGUUGGUAUGAUUCUCAUGCGAAAGGUGAACUAAAUGUAUUUUUAUAUACUUAAUCUUGAACCGAACAGACGCAAACAAUGGAGACCGAAGUCUUGAACAACGUAUUCAACUUUUUAAAAAAAUCAGAAAUGUGUGAUGUCAAAUAUUUGUCUACAUCUUUUAAAAAAACAUCUUCAUGAAGGCACCUGAAACAACACGAGCAGAGAACGAAAACCGGACAAAUGUAUCCAUUAAUCCAGGACUGAUCAUCUGAAACGGAGAAUUUGUCUUUUGUUUUGUAUUUAUAUUGGCUGAACUUAUUCAUGUGACUCAUCGAUUCAAUUAAAAUAAUAAUUUGGAACUUGCAUGCAAUGGAUUAAAAGGAAAUGCAAAACUCUUAAAACACCGUCCCAUUUAGUUCCUAAAAGGUUCAAAACAUGACAGUCCAGUCAACUAACCUAGGCAAUAGGACUGGAUGUUAUCUGUCCAUCAGAUUAGAAGAUUAACUAGCAGUCAUCAGGUUUCACGUUCUUGACAAAUACAUAAUUUAUUGUAUUCUGAUAUAUCAAAAAUCAAAUAUGACUACUGCAGAUCGGCCGCAAAGGUCCAAGCAUAAAGUGUCUUCGGUAUAGGAAAAAUGUGAAUCAAGAAU